AUGGAACAGGUUCCUGCGACGGAAGGGAUUCAGGAGAAGGGAAAAGGGACGUCUCUCCCGGCGUGGCUGGUACUGUCGGCACCGCUCCAGCACGUCCGGUGUGAGGACGAAGCCGGAACGGAGCCUAUGCAGCAGCACCUGCCCCGACCCGGGAAGACCCGCAGGAAGUGGGCUUGGCUUGCAAGAGGCAUUGAAAUCACCACCAUGGCAUACCUUGGCGAUUUAAGGGUACCAUAUUCGAAGCAAAAUGCCCAGCAAAAAGCAGCGGGGAUGUACCAGGCCUGCCUUGCCUUUGCCAAGUCACGCAGGACGGAAACUCAUUAUCUCGUCGAAUGGAUGGCAUCCCUGGACCUGGACCUGAUGAACAAGACAAGAUUGGCUGCAGUCAACCCAGUUGCAAUGAUGGUGCGCAGUUCUCUUGACCUAGGAGUCAAGGCUGUGGUCGCCGUUGUACUUUUCGACCGGCACUUCGAAUUCGGCAAGAGAGUGAUGCAGAUAGAGUACAGCAAAGAACAAGCCGAGUGGCUAACGGAGUGGCGCCUGAGUUCUGAACGUAAUAACCUCAACGACUACGUAAGUCUUCUCAGGGAAUAUGGCUUCAACUCACCUGAUGACGCGCAGCUGGCCUCGAAGAUACUUGGAUACGAAAAAGAACUUGAAGUUAUCACCAAAAGCCAGAAUUCUUCCAAGAACGUCGUUGAGCGCACACCCAUUCGUUCCCUCGAUGAAUGGGAGGCCUAUUUUUCCAAGUACACCAACGGCCUCUAUAAGGGUUCGGAUUCAAUUCAACAUGAACGACUUGUGGUCAAGGUGCUCGUGAAGCUGUUCGAGAGCAAGUUUGUGGGUGAAAACGGGCUCAGAUACCUUGUCGCCUGGAGCAUCUACAGGCAGCUGCUUACUUAUACAGUGCCAGAACGGCUUUUUGGAAAAAGUCCUGUUAGCUACCAGCACGUCAAGAAAUAUUGCUACGCGCUCGUUGGAAAAGUGAUGAAUCGGGCGAUGAAGAGCCCCUACUUUCAGUCACAGGUGCCACUGGAGAUGGUUGACCGGGCUAAGCGUAUGGUGACCAGACUCCGCAGUGCCUUCCGCAAGUCUUUGGAGUCAUCAAGCUGGUUCACGGGCAGAGGUCGAGAAGUGGCCCUCCGCAAGCUAGACAACCUCACCUCCUACGUGGGAAGUCCAGAUAAUCGAUUGGACCCCGUGUCGCUCGAAAAGCAUUACAAACCGUACCCGGAUGCACUUCCGGACCGUGUUUUCCCCACGUGGAUCAAGGCUCUCUCUCUCUCGACCCAGGACGUUUGGCUCGACAAGACGACAUGGCUCUACGACGAGACGGAAGUGACUGCCUUCUAUAAUUACAACUAUAAUACUCUCGUCGUACCAACAAGCCUCUUGCAGCGACCCUUCUUUUAUCCGUACGGACUACUUGGUCUGAACUAUGGGGGCCUCGGAGCGAUUGCGGCCCACGAGCUGAUGCACGCGUUCGACGUAAAAGGGAUAACGCUCACAGAAGCAUACCAACCCUGGAACGCUAGCGAUAUUAUAAAGGAAUACACUAAAAGGGCGCUGUGCCUGCGGCAGAUGCACAUAUCGGUCGUGAGUAGAUGA